AUGUCCAGGCGUACAGGUCGAGCGGUGGUGGAGUCAAGUUCGGAGGAGUCGGAGGAAAGUAGUUCAGAGGAGGAAGUGGACAAUGACAUAAUGGAAGAAAUCAAUGACAUGGGGGAGAAUCAGAGGACAUUGCGCCACAACGACGAUACGCCAGGUCCAUCACCACCUUCUCCCAACCCAGUCACACAAGUCUCAUGGAACUGGAUUGCUGGUGGUGAUAAUGUCAACCUUGAGCCCUUUGAUGAUUCGCAAUCUGGGUGGCAGUUGGAAUUUGACGCGUCCACUACGGAAUUCGACUUUUUCCAGGCAACCUUCCCUGCCAACGCCAUUGAACUGAUCACCAGUGGGUUCAACAACUUUGCUGAUGCAACAAUUUCCAGCAGCAAUUCCUUAUCCCGUCGUCAACGCAAGUGGUGCCCGGUUCAGAGUAGAGAGAUUAUUCGAUAUUUAUCUAUUCGCAUUUUGAUGGGGAUCGACCGUAAACCUGAAUACGCUCACUAUUGGUCAAAGGAUCCACUUCUAAAGUCACUUGUCAUCCCUCAGAUAAUGACUUCGGACCGAUUUUUUGAAAUGCACCGCUAUCUACAUUUUUCUGAAAAUAAUGCUCAACAACCAGGGGAUCAACUUCAAAAAAUUAGAGCUUUAUGGAACAUUUUUAUGAAAACGUUUUCUGAAAUAUUGAUUCCGUAUAAGAAUAUGUCCAUUGACGAAUCUCUCAUCAAAUUCAAAGGUCGACUGAGCUAG